AGCUAAAACCAACAAAAAGAGAAAGAGAGAGAAAUCAGCAGAAAGCUGAGAAACAAGAUCAGAAUUAUCUUUCUUCUUCUAUUUUUCAGGCCCACAAAACAUACAACCUCUUACAUCAUGGAAGAAGGGAUGUCAGGCUUUUGCAUCCAAACAACAAAGACUACUAGGGCUGCUUCUUACGGAAGCGGCGGCGGCGGGCCUCCUAGCAGCGGCACCAAGUGCGGGCGCUGGAACCCAACCGCAGAACAGGUUAAGGUUCUUACGGACUUAUUCAGGUCAGGGCUUCGAACACCCAGCACUGACCAGAUCCAGAAGAUAUCUACUCAGUUGAGCUUUUAUGGUAAGAUUGAGAGUAAGAAUGUUUUUUAUUGGUUCCAAAACCAUAAGGCUAGGGAGAGACAAAAACGACGUCGUGUUUCUAAGGAUCAUGAUGCUCCUUGCUUUCAACUUGAUGACCAUCUUAAACCUAUUGCUCCUGCUAAAUAUUUUGGUGAGAUAAAUCAAAUUGUAUGUGAACCAGAACGAGCAAUAGAAACACUUCAACUCUUCCCAUUGAACUCAUACCAUGAACAAGAGUCCGAUAAGCUAAGGAUGUUCUCAAAUGAGUGUUGCAAGGAGAAUUACGCAACAUUUGCUGCAUACACAUUUGGAAGAGAUCAUUUCGACCAUCCCCCUUUGGAUUUGCGCUUAAGUUUCUUUUAAUUAAACCAGUAGUUAAUUAAUGUUAUUACUAGAAGCACACUAAUUACUAGCUAGAUUAACAUAAACUGUAAA